AUGCAGAUCACAUAUUCUGUUGUCGCUUUUGUUAUGGCCAUUGCCGGCACCAACGCUGUUCCUGUCGCGGGUGCUAACGCGGCACCAGUCACCACGUUUGCUGGGCCCCUGACCCUUGAUUUUGAUACCUGCACCACUUUGCAGCAGAGAUUAACGGACAUUGCACGGGCAAGCUGGGCAGAAGGAGAGUUGUUGGCGAAAUGCCAAAGUUGCUUCAACCAGGGCUUUAUGGAGUACUGCCAUCACAGGAGCGAUAAACCCGAGGACGCGGCUGGGAAGCAUGGAAGAAUUGCAAAUGUACCAGAGAGCUCGAAGGAGUGCUACCGAAAGAUGUUUGCCGGGUGUGAAGCGUGA